CCCGCCCGAGGAUGUGCGCCUUCCUUGGCCAAGCCCCGCAGUCUCCACCCUCCUCCGCCCCCUCCUCCCGGCGGCGGGGUCCCGGGGCGCGCCGGCGACGGGACGUCGCGCGAGUCCUGCAAAAUGUCAACUCCCCGGGCGAGGAGAGGCGGCCGCAGCCAGGGCCGCGCCGCCCGCCCGGGCCGCUCCACUUUUAUAGGCGCCGGCAGCGAGUGCGGCCCGGCCGCCGAGUCCCCGCCUCCCGGGCCCGAGCGCCCGGCCCGCUCCCGGCCGCUGCCCUCCUCCGGCUCCAGCGCCGCUCUGCGCCGCGUCUGCCAGCCGUGAGCAUCCCAGGGAAAGGGACGACGAGAAGCCUACUGACAGCACCAACGACCACCACUGUCAAGAAUUCAGAAACUGCCCUGCCCCUGGGGUGCAGAGUUUUAGCGCGCGUGUCAAGAGGAGGGGUUGAAGACCCCCUCCCUGGCGAGAGGGAGGGACCUCUUCCUUCAGACUCCACGGACCCUGUUUCCCCUGGGUCCUUGGCAAGAAAUCCGUGCUUUAUUCUUCACCCUUCACAAGGCUGCACUCUAGGACCUGCAGGUUUUGUAGCUGGAGAGAAGUUCUCCUUUUGCAGGGAAGUUCCUGGGCUUUGCUCUGAAGCUGCCCGGGAUGUUUUGGUUGGUUUGGAGGAAAGCUGUGGAGUCUGCACCAUUGGAUCCAAACAGGCGGCCCCCUGGUGGCUAACUGUGGGUGGAAAGCUGGCCACUGACGGAAAAGCCUGCCCUAACAGGCCACGGCAGUUGACAGCCCGUCUUCGCAGGUUCGCAGGAGCCAUAGAGCCGCUGAAACAACUUUGUUGAGGAGAGGAGGUGGGGUGGGGGGAAGGAGCGUGGUGUCCAUCUUCCUUCACAAAGGUGCAUGAUAGGGACUUUUAUUUAAAUUUUAUUAAAGUAUAGUUGAUUUACAAUGUUGUCUUUGAUUUCUGCUGUACAGCAAAGUGACUCAGUUUUACAUGUACACACACUCUUUUUUAUAUUCUUUUCCAUUAUGAUUUAUCCCAGGAUACUGAAUAGAGUUCCCCGUGCCGUACAGUAGGACCUUGUUGUUUAUCCAUCCUAUAUAUAAUAGUUUGCAUUCUCUUCCUGAGUAUAAC